AUGGAGGCCGCGCCUUGGGCUCGACGAUGGAGACCCCACUUCCUUCAGACGCUGCUGCUCGGCAGCAUGCUGUACGCGGCGCUGGUGCUGGGCUGGGCGAUGACCAACAUGCACUCGAGCGGCAGUCAGGCUAAUUCCAUGUCGAUGGAGUUUGAGACGGUCUUGGAGCAGGUGCAGCGACCCAUGACUCACGUGCUGCAGAAGGUCAAGGACACAGUGGAGGAGAUACGACGCACGCCUUCGCCUGAGGAGCUGGAGGCGGUGGCGCACGCAGACUCCGUUCCGAACCUGCCAGGCGGACAAUUGCAGUGGAGGAACCUCACGUGCCUUGGCUGGCGAGCCACAAGUGGCUGCAAACCCGACGGUCCGCGUGUGGUGGCGAAGGACUCGAGUUGUGAGGAGGAAGUUCCUGAGGGGAGCUCCGGUUACUGCGAGGUUCAGGACGCGAACACAGGCGAGUCCUUCCGUGUCAUGCGUCGGACGUGUGCGAGUUACAAGAAGUCCCAAGUGUUUCGAUGUGUUGACGCUCCGCAGUUCGCCAAUUACCACGUGGAGGCCAUGAAUGCCGUUCGAGACGCUCUCGCUGCGGGUUCUGCUCCCCCCAAUGUCGCGCAAAACGAAGAAGCUCAAGAUGGAAUUGUCAUGGUUGUGUAUCCCAAGCUCAUUGCCAGCGCGUACGCCACGAUCCGCACCCUGCGCGAUGUUUUGGGCUGUCGGUUGCCCAUCGAGGUUUGGUUCCGGCAGGAUGAAAUCGAUCGCGUACCGAGAGCGCUCACCCCCCUGCAGCAGCUAGCGCAGAACGACACCGUGGGCGACAUCAUCUUUCGCGAGAUCAACGACUCGGAGGCUGUUCGCUUCGGAGCCAAAGUGUUUGCACUUUACAACAGCGACUUCGAUCGGAUCCUCUUCCUCGAUGCCGACAAUGUGCCUGUCCGAGAUCCAACGUAUUUGUUCCAGUCUCCCGAGUUUGAGAGGACGGGCGCUGUCUUUUGGCCUGACUACUGGCAUCCCCAGUACACCAUUUUCUACCUGCACGGGGACUCGCUGCUGUGGGAACUUCUCGACAUGCCGUACGUGGACAUGUUUGAACAGGAGAGCGGCCAGCUUCUGAUUGACCGACGACGGCACGCCGCGCCAUUGGAGCUCGUGCGGUUCUUCACAUUCUACAAACCGAAUCCGAUCGAGCAGCUUAAACUGCUGUGGGGAGACAAGGACCUCUUCCGCUUCGCCUGGAUCAAGCUGAACGUGCCGUUUUACAUGGUUCAAACGCCUCCUGGGGUCGCCGGCGCAGUCAACGGGACUUCAUUUUGUGGCAUGACCAUGGUCCAGUAUGACGCUCAGGGCGAUGUGUUAUUCUUGCACCGAAAUGCCAAGAAGCUCACGGGCGAGGUUUUGUACAAGCCUGUGAACUAUCACAUCGAGGCCAGGAAGCGCAUCAGGUCGAGGUUGAUCAAGCAGGGCAUCCACAGAAUCCCCACUGUGGAGGAAGUGGAAGGAGAGGUCAGGACGAUAAGGAAGACGCCACCGCCAAGGCUUGAACCGGCAGAACCCGACGGAAUGGCAGACCAAGCCAUUUGGACGCAUUUGCUGUCCUUCCGGAAAGAUGCCCCCCGUUAUGAGUACAAGGUCAAGUCGUACUAUGCGGCGCCAGAUUUCAAGGAGAGACAGCGGUGCUAUGGCGAACGCGACUAUAAGAGAGCCAAGUAUUUCGAGAUGCAGGAGUUCGCCCACCUGAGCUUUUCUGGCUUGGAGACGCACGUUCGGCGGUUUGCCAUGGAGGCAGCGCGGAUUCGCCGUGGUAAUGCAAAGUUACCUUGGUUAGCCACAUAA